GGAGCGAGAGGCCGCGGCGCCGGCCCCAGGACGCGACCCGGGCCCCAGGAGGGCCCGAUCGUUCUAUCCACGGCGCGGGGCACGAUGCAGCUCCUGGUGAGGGUGCCCUCCCUGCCGGAACGGGGCGAGCUGGACUGCAGUAUCUGCUACCGGCCUUUCGACCUCGGGGACCGCGCGCCCCGCCGCCUGCCCGGCACGGCGCGCGCCCGCUGCGGCCACACGCUCUGCACCGCCUGCCUGCGCGAACUCGCGGCGCGCGGCGACGGCGGCGGGGCGGCCGCGCGCGUGGUGCGCCUGCGCCGCGUCGUCACGUGUCCGUUCUGCCGCGCGCCCACCCCGCUCCCGCGUGGAGGCGUCACGGAGGUAGCUGUGGACCCCGGCUUGUGGUCGCGACUGGAGGAGAAAGCGCGGGCCCAGGGCGAUCGAGAUGUGGCGGGGAGCCCGGUCAAGGAGAGCGGCGACGCCGACCCAGAGGCCGACCGCGAGGAAGAGGAGAGCGAGGACGGGGCGGGGCCUAGGAGCGCGGGGUGGCGCGCGCUCCGGCGCCUCUGGGACCGGGUGCUCGCGCCCGCGCGCCGCUGGCGGCGUCCGCUGCCUAGCAACGUGCUCUACUGUCCGGAGAUUAAGGACAUUGCACACAUGACCCGUUGCACGCUGUAACCGAGGAACUCGGGAGCUGUGGCAGAAGCAAGGUGGGAGCUGCCGUCUCCGCCGUGCGUUUUAGUCCAGGGAGCUGAUGUCAAGACUGUGUGGAGCCCGGAAUUGACCUCUGAUGAGGGAGUUGAGACGAGGGCAGGAGGGAACGCCCCGGGAGGAGUUGGUGCUGAGCUGGGGAGGCUGCUAAACCAUCUCGCCCCCAUCUGCUGACUGCCAGCCCUACAUUUCCAGGAUGGAGUGGCUCACGGAGGAUGUAAACAAAGCCUGCGUUACCGUGGGAAGAAGCCAGACUGUUUUCUGAGCUGUGACUUUGGCUUCUGUCCAGGGCGGCGCUGGUGUGUGGGAGCAACAGGUCCCAUUUUAGCAGUUGCCAAUGGCACGGGAGAGACGAGGCAGACUGUGUCAUAGUCAUCUCACUCUGGCAUCCAGAAGGAUGCGGGUGUGUGGGCUCUUCAGUCCCAGGCCUGUGUUCCCAAAAACUGGGAUGACUCCCCUGCCUCUCAGAUUAGGAGCCUUGCUUCAUUUCAGAAUCCAGGGGUCACCUCAUUAGGGCUUCUCAGGGAUGAAAGAGCGAGCUACUUGGUAAAGGCAUCAGAUUUUAAAGUUCUGAUAUUGUGCUAUCUUUAGUCAUAGGGAAACACUGACUACUUAAGAAACAAGAUGCUCGUACAGGUUUAAACUCGUAUCCCAUAGUGGGAUGUCCUUAUUAUAAAUCAUGGUCUGUUUUGAAAUUGUUUUAUGAUCUGGUAUAGUCAUAGUGAAGGGCUCACAGCACUGGUGUCACCAGGAACGUGCUGGAACUGCAGAAUCUCACUCGACUAUUAAAUCAGACCCUGCGUUUUAACAAUCCCAGGUGAUUUGUGUGCAUGUAAGAUUUAAGAAGCACUCGUCUGGAUACUCUAGGAUGUCACCAACUGUGGGUGGAAUACUGGAAACGUAACUGAUACUGUUUUAUUGAAAAGUUCUAAAGUAAUGCUGUGUUGCUUAAAAAAAAAAAAAAGUUUUUUUGUGGCCGGUGCUGUAGAGUAGCUGCAGUCUGCAGUGCCAGCAUCCCCUGUGGGCGCCGGUUCGAGUCCUGGCUGCUCCACUUGUGAUCCAGCUCCCUGCUGAUGUGCCUGGGAAAGCAGCAGAAGAUGGCCCACAUCCGUGGGCCCCUGCAUCCAAGUGAGAGACCUGGAAGAGGUUCCUGGCUGCUGGCUUCAGCCUGGCCCAGCCUCAGCUGUUGUGGCCAUUUAGGGAGUGAACCGAUGGGUGGAAGAUCUGUCUCACCUCUCUGUAAUUCUGCCUUUCAGACAAAUAAAUCUUUAACAGAAAAAGAUAAAUGUUUUUCUCUGAGCCAAAAAUAUGACCUUGAAGAUAAACAACUUUUUAGGAGGUCUCCAGAUUGUUACUCUGAUGGACAAAUCAUACACUUGAUCUUAGCCAAACGGCUGAGAAGUGACCAGUGACGAAUCACAGAUGUAUACACGUAUGGCUUACAGAUCUCAGUUCUUAAGAACUGUACCUUGGCGUUUUCCUGUCCGUAAGUCUCGGCUUAAAUUUAGUUCCUCCUCUUGUGUUUUUUGUCGUCUCUCUCUUGAGGUGUUGGGGUGUCCCCCACUGGAGUCCUCUGAGUACUGACUUGGGAGUUUCUAGCUCUAGGGCCAGCACCAGCCUGCGUUAUCUGUCCGGAGUACGUAACUGUUGGGCUUGUCUCUGCUCUUUAAUGAUAGCCUCAAGAACUCAGUGUCUGGCCUCUCAGCCUCUGAGAGCCCCUGCUAGGGACAAGUGCAGCAGCCCAGUUUUUGGCAAGGCACACACACAGGUCUGACCCCAUUAAAGAAGAGUGGGUCCCUUUGCUGCAGAGUGGAACUGAACCCGUGGGGCUGCAGUGCCCUCUACUGACUGCUCGGGGACCAGGCCGCACAGCUCGGAACCCCGCUGCGCAGCCUCCACCGCACCUCGCCCAGAAGCCCCGCUCCGCUGCGCCUCCCCGAGGCCACGGAGGCAGCCACCUCCACACUGAGCUCACCACGUGGCUAGGGUGGAAAAGGAGCCCCGCGUU